GGGUGUAUGUAUUUAAACGCGAUGCUGCACAAUAACGGCGAUCGUCUCUUAAAUUGGACGAGCCCUUCUGCCGGCAACUGGGUUGGGGGAAGACAGAGACGCCCUGAAAAUAUUCGGUCUACGCAUGUGGUCUUUUUUAAUCGGAUUAAAUGGACGUGAAGGAUCAACAUAGUUUUAAAGUCGCUGUUGGAUAUAAUAUUAGGCUCCACUUGGAUGGUUCAAGUGAUCACGCUUUAUUGGCUCGGGAAACGACCUCCAUCAUCCAUUUGGGAUACAGCAUCACAGCCGACCAAGUUUAACCUUGUGCUGUGACACGGUCCACCCGGGGCACUCAAUGAAAUAAUAUUAUUUAUCGACUGACACAGGUUGAAGUUGCGUUUAGCUGGCGUUUGAACAGGUGCGGUGACGGUCGUGGGACGUCUCAGUCCGCCGCCCCCCCACUGAGCACUCACACCCCGAAGAUAAGAGUUGACUGUUGAAACGUGCGCUUCAUCAAAAUCGGAUAGUUUGUUUUUUGUUUCAUUCUGGAACAAUGUCAUCCACGAUAGAGAGAAAGACGAUGGACGCAAACGAGGAGCCCGUGGACGAGGUCCUCCAGAUGCCGCCGUCGCUGCUCACCUGCGGCGGCUGUCAGCAGAGCAUCGGCGACCGCUUCUUCCUGAAGGCCAUCGAGCAGUACUGGCACGAGGACUGCCUGAGCUGCGACCUGUGCGGCUGCCGGCUGGGCGAGGUGGGCCGCCGGCUGUACUACAAGCUGGGGAGGAAGCUGUGUCGGAGGGACUACCUCAGGCUUUUCGGUCAGGACGGCCUGUGCGCAUCCUGCGAGAAAAGGAUCCGGGCGUUUGAGAUGACCAUGCGUGUACGCGACAAGGUGUACCACCUGGAGUGCUUCAAGUGCGCCGCCUGUCAGAAGCACUUCUGCGUGGGCGACCGCUACCUGCUCAUCAACUCGGACAUUGUGUGCGAGCAGGAUAUUUUCGAAUGGACCAAACACAACAGUCAUAGCAUGGUCUAGAGUCAGACUCAGAGGAGAUUUAUUUAUCCACAAGAUGGUGACAUUAUCCUUUCCUUCCCUUUGGUUGACGUCAAAGUCAACAUUUUUAUACCGACUGUUACGCUGAUGAGCCCACCACGUAAUGCAUCUUUUCUACGCGUGGAAUGAUUACGUCUAGCUAUGACUGGACUGUUCUGCAGUAUGCUAUGUGUAGACGAUGGAAGGGCAUACCAGCACAGAGAACCAGAGAACAAUCAAGAUGCAAUAAGUCAUAUUUGCAGAGAGAAAAUAGAAAUGUAGAGUGGAUAAAUACAAUUAAUCCAUCGAUUAUUGCAAUGGUCAAACACUGUUACAAAAAUCACUUCUUGUGGAAUCAGGAUGAAAUUACAAAAAGGGGUUUUGAUAUAUUUAUAAUAAAAUCGGAAUGAUUGUAUUAUAUUGCCAGGUUAAACUGGUUGAUGCUCUCUAUUGACCUAGGGAAUAAUUGCAAUAUCAAUGUUAUUCAUAUAAUGGUUUUUGUAAUGAAAACAGAUUUACACGUGCCAAUACAUUUUGGAUAAAUAAUCAAUUUGUUAUAAGAAAUAGAACAAAUAAAAGUGCACAUGUUUUUUUUUGUCAUCCCAACAGGUUCAUUUAUAUUUCACAUACAGCUUCGACGACAAUGGGGUUGCAUAUAUCGAGAAAAGAUAAUGUGAAAAAACAAUUCUUGUCAGGUCUCGUACAUUAAGACCUGUACAUGCAUGUACAUAGUUCCGCCAGAAGAGGUCGUCAGAACUUUAAAAUGCCAUUAAAAUGCCAACUGACAACAGUAGCCACGCAUGACGUGCGCGCCUACAUCCAAACCCGUCGAAUUUAUCACACAACAUAAUCAAGGGGUAGGCCUACAAUUUGUUUUGUUCCAAAUUUCUUUUCAAGCACGCACACUUCUGGGAAGACGACGUUGGUGCCCUAAUGAGGCGAUGAUGUGACUCCAUUGCAACAUGCAACGUCUGAAGAAUGUUCUGGUUACCGGCUGUCUGGGCAAGCUGGUACCCAUCAGGGUGGUUACGCUCCUGUCUCCGUGCCUGCCAGCUGUCAGAUCACUCUGUGAGCGGCCGCGAGGCACGCAGCUCGGCCGGUGCCAUCCGUCAAGAGACUGCCAUCCCCGGUUAUCUUUACGAGCCUAAUCGAGUCCAUGGACACCGCGUUGUGCGCGAGCCUCGGAGUUCGACGAACAGGCUGCCUGAACAGGACCCGUGGGUAAGAGAGAGAUACGGUGUUAACUGGUGUUAUUAAGUGGUUAAGUAGCUAAUUGUGGAACCGUUUGGAUGGCAUCAUAGGAGGGACAAGGGGCCCUGGGAUGAUGUAUUCUCAGAGCUGGCAUUUAUUGAAGGACGGCACGGGAUCGAAAGAACACAGAUUGGACCAGAGGAAAAACCCACCCACACCGAGAGCCGGAUCCUAAUGUGAAAACGAAUCUGUUUUUCCCCACAUGAGUCGGGAUGCAUAGGCUACGAGUAAUGUCGGUGGGACCGGCCUUCCUGGAGGUCUCAACGUUGAGGAACAGCAGCAACACAGCAUGAGUCAACCCAAGGAACCCUGUAGGCUCCUCGCUACAGGAACAAACUGGUCUACUGUCCUGACACUGCCAUCCACAGAAUGCACACCACUUAAAAAACCUCCAGCAUUCUACCAGUACACCGUCUGCAACAAAACCACACGCAAAGCAUGGAUCAUCGUUAACUCCAGCGCACUUGUUUUCUCUGUUUAGAUCUAACGAGAGUUAGGAAGCAGAAGGAGCAGUUCACAGAGUUCACAGAGUUCACCGAGUACGGUUACUUCGGGAGAAACCAGAAAGGCGGCGUCUCGUGACAUCCCCGUAUAAAAACAAAACACACUGCGCUGCCUCGAACAACGCCCGUCGCGUCGGGCCGGCCCCGCUACCUGUGAUCCCCUGCCAGUUCGGUUGGCGUUGGCUUCCUCCUGGCCCCUGAGUCAGGCCAGACCCACGACCCUCAGCUCUCAAAGCAUCCACCAGCUAGAGACCCGGCAAAGCCCUGCGCCUCUCGUGUCAUCCCCC